UUCGCCGAUGUGUUGUUACGACACCAGUGUGACAUCCGAAUGUAAACCGACACCGCUUCCUGGUACCGACUUCACUAAUAAUAAUGGCGCGGUGAGAGAAGAACCAUCGAAGGAUAAGGAGGAAGAAUAGUUUAGUCGACAUUUCUGUGUAAAUAAUCCUUUUCAUUAAGCAAGAGGAAUGUCAGACACGAGCAAGUCAGAGGUCGUCGCCCCAUCGUCAUCGAAGGUCAUCGGCGUGGUCUUUGUCCUGCUGCUGCUAGACCUUCUGGGGUUCACGCUCAUCCUGCCCCUCCUGCCCUCCAUCAUGGACCACUACGCCCAAACUGGGGAUGCGGCCUAUCAGUCCUUGCAGAGCGCGGUCAACUUCUUCAGGGAGGCGCUGGGAAUCCCCAUGGAAAAGAAGUAUAACAGCGUCCUGUUUGGAGGUCUGAUCGGCUCACUGUUCUCCCUGCUCCAGUUCCUGUCGUCUCCAAUCACCGGAGCGCUGUCGGAUGGUUUCGGCAGGAGACCCUUGCUCCUGGUGACCACGAUGGGCAUGAUGACCUCCUAUGUGGUCUGGGCUCUGUCCCGGAGCUUCGCCACGUUCCUUUUGUUUCGUGUCAUCGGGGGCGUUUGUAAAAGCAACGUCAGCCUUUGCACCGCCAUCAUAGCCGACAUGCCGUGCCCCAAAGCUCGGAACCGUGGGAUGGCCAUGAUUGGCGUGGCCUUCUCGCUGGGUUUCACGGUGGGACCCGUCAUGGGGGCCUACUUCGCCGUGGCCGACAGAACCACAGGACACGUCUUCUUCCAAACUCCGGCACUGCUCGCCCUGGCCUUCAGUACUGCUGAUUUCAUUUUCAUCUGGCUGGCGCUGCCCGAAACGCUCACACAGGAUGGCAAGGGUUUUUCUUCUGGUUUCUGGGACUUCCGCGACCUCCUGAACCCGCUGGCCCUGUUCAGUUUUUCAGCGGUGACCAGAAGCAAAGAUCCACCUUCAGGAGAUCGGAUGCAGAGACUCAAAGCGCUGGGUCGGGUUUACUUCUGCUACCUCUUCCUGUUUUCCGGCCUGGAGUUCACAUUGAGCUUCCUCACGCACCAACGCUUCCACUUCAGCAGCAUGCAGCAGGGGAAGAUGUUCUUCUUCAUUGGCGUGGUCAUGGCGUCCGUCCAGGGAGGAUACGCCCGCAGAAUUCAACCUGGGCGCCAUAUCAAAGCUGUCCGCGUGGCAAUCGCCACAUUGAUCCCAGCGUUCGUUCUCAUUGGACUCUCAUGGAACGUCACCGUGCUUUAUGCGGGCUUGGCGCUCUAUUCUUUUGCAGCCGCAGUCGUCGUCCCGUGUCUCUCCACGCUCGUCUCUGACCACGGUUCGCCCGGUCAGAAAGGCACCGUGAUGGGGAUCUUACGCAGCCUAGGCGCUCUGGCGAGAGCUCUCGGGCCAGUGGUGUCGUCCUCCGUUUACUGGCUGGCCGGAGCACAGAUCUGUUUCCUUCUCACGGCAGCCUCCUUCAUCAUACCUCUUUUUCUACUGAGCACUGCCAGAAGACUGAAGGCGGAAUGAAUGCGAUGCUGUAGUCUUUUAUUUCUGUGUUCAUGUUUACAUUUGCUGGUUGAUCAAGAGCUCGAAAGUCACUACAAGGGGCACAAGAGGGGCCGACAUUAACAUUAAUAUGGUAUGGGUGUGGGAAGUGAUUCCUCACUUUCACUUUAAAGAACAAGCAUUCCGAUUUUAGGUGCCUUUGAAGAAUGUAUUAUUCUAUUUUCUUAUGAUUAAACUUGGAUAAACACAUGAGAAAAUAUCUGCCAGGGAGAGAGGCUGUUUAUUCUGCUUAAUUA